ACGCCCGGGGCUGGAUGCCGAGGGACGGGGCUUUCUCGGGACACGGUCCCACCGUGUGCACAUUCAGGACACACAGGGUGCACGGGAGAGUUUCUUUGUUCCUGCGCUGGUACCUUGCCUCUUGGGGCUGGUUUUGUUUUUUUCUUUUUUUUCAACCUCUAGUUAAAGGACUCUUGAGACGCCUUACGUUAUGGAGCAGUAAAAAAUUACAGAAAUUUAGCAAAAUCUAAACACCCACUCUGAGGACUUUUCAAGCCUGUUUAGGCAAAUUAGAUACAUUUUAUUUACACCGAUUUUCUAGACACUGAGCGAUAACAUGUGGUCGUUCCUGUUUUGCAAAGACUGAUGCUGAAUUGCUUUGUUCGGGUGAAAAGCCCCAGAGGACUUAUGCAGGGAGCCUCAAUGGUUGAUCUGUGUGUCUUUUAACUUGUAAAUUCGAACUUUGGGUUCACUUGAAAGGAUUGAGAAAAGUAGAGGGAAUUGGGGGUGGUGUAGCGAUUUCUUUUUUCUUUCUAUUUUGCUGGAGCCAAGGAAAGGUGGGAAGGUGAUUUCCUUGUUUCCAGCCACAUAUGUGCUUUUUCCACCUGUAGGGAUUUUUACAAAAAAUCUCGGCUUGUGUGACCGUGUGUAGGUAGUUUCUUUGUUGUAUUACCGCAGGAGCUUGAGAACGGUGAAACUUGACAGUGACCAUCCUGGGGGAAUCCUGAAGAAAGGGAAUGUGUGAGCUCCGUGCUUGUCUUUUGCUCUCUGUACCUGUUUUAAGUAUAGUUAUUCCUUUCUAAUAUAGAAAAAAAGGAAGUGUGUUUCUGGGAAAAUAGUCACUUAUUUAAACUUAAUCUGACUCUCAGUGUGGUGUGUCUUUAGAAACCUUUCCGUCUAAUUUAGUGGUCGUGCUUUUUGGUUUGUUUUCCUUUUAGACGCUUUUCUGGCCAAGGUCCUUCGUGCAACUACUCCGGUUCUCAAUAGGCAGUUGCCUUGCGCCUGAGACUUCUGCUUCCCUUUCUUUCUCAAUAUGCCUCCUUCCCUAAAUCUCCAGUAAAAUUGCUACGGUGCUUUAUUUGCAAUAGUUUGAAUUAGCCUGAAGUUUUUUUCCUGAAGCUGGAAUCUGGUAGUCAUCAGAACUGUAAAUGGCGAGCCACAGAUAGCUCACAGUCUAUCCGGCUUCUGGUUUGAACCUCGGAUUUGUUACUGGCUGCUUCCCUGUUUGCUUCAGCGUGCGAGAGGGAGUUGUCUGCCUGCCUGAGAUCUAGCCUGGAGAUGCAGGCCAUCACUCGUGAUUCUUGGCUUGCAAAACUUAGCCAGAAGAACUCAGGAUGAGUAAAAUGAAUAAUUUUGAUGUUCAAAGCACAUUCUGUGUUCUCUGUGGACGGACAGAUGACUGCCCUGAAAAGUACGGAGAAAAAAGGACCUAUGUGGAAUACAAUCUCACUGUUCAUUAUUACUGUUUGUUGAUGUCAAGUGGCAUUUGGCAAAGAGGUGGAGAAGAUGAAGGUGUAGAUGGAUUUUUAAUCACAGAUAUUAAAAAAGAAGUAAAUAGAGCUGCAAAACUGAAAUGUAAUAUCUGUAAGAAAAAGGGAGCUUCAAUUGGAUGUGUAACUCCUAAAUGCAAACGAAGUUACCAUUUUCCUUGUGGGUUACAAAGGGAAUGCAUUUUCCAGUUUAUGGAAGACUUCAAAUCUUACUGUUGGGAACAUAGACCAGUCCAAGAGUUUGUGGAUAAAGAACCUAGAGGAGCUUCACAGUGCACAAUAUGCCUGGACUUGGUUGAACAUCUACCACUGUACACUGUAUUGAAAAGUCCUUGCUGUAAAAAUGCUUGGUUUCAUCGAGAAUGCUUGCAGUAUCAAGCUUUGAGUGCUGGGAUAUUUUUCUUUAGGUGCACAGUAUGUAAUAACAAGGACAAAUUUCAAAAAGAAAUGUUGAGAAUGGGCAUACACAUUCCAGAAAGGGAUGCAUCUUGGGAACUUGAAGAAAAUGCAUAUCAAGACUUACUGCAUUGUUAUCAACACUGUGAUGUUAGAAGAUGUCUCUGCAAGAAAGGAAGAGACUAUAAUGAACCUGAUAGUAAAUGGGAAAUAAAGCGUUGCCAGUACUGCGGUUCUCGUGGGACUCAUUUGGCCUGUUCAUCUAUGAAGUCAUGGGAGCAAAACUGGGAGUGCACGGAAUGCAGAAGUAUCUUUGCAGAAUCAGGUAAAAUUACAGGGAAAUACAGCAAACGGAAAAAGCGUGCUUUGGCUACCUCUGAAAAGACAAAUGGAACGACGUGUUUGCUGGAAGAGCCACCUCCAAAGUCCCCUCGGCAGUCAUCUGGAUCUCCACGCAGCUUUCUACUCCAGCAUUUAAGAGAGCGAAGAAGAGAGGUUUGUAAUAUACUGAAGGAGUUAAAGGCACAGGUUAAAACAAAAACAACAAGACUUAACAUCAAUGCAGAAAAUAUUUGGAGUAGUGCUUUAAAAGGAUUUAGACAGCGCAUCUUCAGUCCUACAAACACUAUUGAAGUAAAUUUCUCAAAUUGCAAAAAUAGAUCGAAGACAAAUACUGCUGCAUCAAAACACCAUUUCUUCCAAUUAUUAAUGCUUCACCUUCAGAAUUCCUCAUUGUUUGAGGGCUCUUCCGGAAAGAACUUGUCCCUUGAUUUUCAAGCUGUAAAAGAAAACCUUUACUUUGAAGCUGGUAAAAUGAUUGCAGUUUCUCUGGUUCAUGGUGGUCCACCUCCUGGUUUCUUUUCCAAAACACUGUUCAAUUGCCUUGUCUAUGGUCCAGAGAAUGUGAAGCCGACUUUGGAAGAUGUUGCUGAUGUUGAUGUAGCACAAACAAUAAAAACGAUAAAACAUGCAAAUAAUCUGUCCAGCCUACAGUCUACACUACAGGACUGCUGCGAAUUCCUCGCUGCUGCUGGAUGUUUAAGACCUGUAACGGCUUUGUGUGAUAAGAACGUGCUGGUGAAUGACAUACUGAUCUCUCAUGUAAUCAAGAGAAUUACUUUACCCUUAGAAAGUUUUAGGCAAGGUUUGAACACUCUUGGUGUUCUAGAGAAAAUGCAAAUGCACCCAGAUGUGUUCUCUAGCAUAUUGUGCCACAAACCUGAAAGACUUUCAGCGGAAAAUGUUUGUGAUCUCUUUACAAUCCAUUCCUCAUCAGAUGUAAGUAAAGAUGAAGGUGCUGACUUUUGGAUGGGCUAUUUGCAAGAUGUGGAAAGUGGCGAAUCUGUAGUGACAUUUGAGGAUAUUCUGCUCUUUGCAACCGGCUCCUGUUAUGUACCAUCCAUUGGUUUUGAUCCUGAACCUACUAUUAAAUUUUUGCAUAUAAGGUAUCCCAUUGGAAACAGACUUCUUAAUUGCUUAGAGCUUCCUAUAACAAAGACAUAUCAGCAGUUCAAAAAUAUAAUGGAGCUCACCAUCAGAAACACAAUAAGAAUUGAAAGGGAAUAAGUAUUUCUGCUAUUAAACUGAAUGCUGGAAACUUCAGUUUUAUGCAGGAACAUCUGCUUUCAGUUCACUACUGGUUUUUUGGACAACAUGCUUUUAGUAUUUUCUGACCUUUCCCCAAAAGUUAUGCUAAGAGUUGUAGUGUUAUGAGAUGGAAAACAAUUUUCAAAUGAAAAAAAAAAAAAAACCACAUUUCUCCUGAAUAAUUUUCAUUUUGAAUCCUCCAUCUCUUGCAGAAGUAGUUUAAAUGUCAGCUUUUGCUGUAGACAGGUAUGAAAUGUAACCACAGUCCGUAACAAGUAAGUGUAUGGAUUGUAUUAAAUACUUAGGUAACUUAUUUAUCAAAAACAAACCAGGUACAUUUUGAAGAUAAUUGCUGUAGAGCGUUGUCUUGCAUAAAACUGUGAUGCAGUUCUUCAAUUCCAUGUAUAUUUUUUCAGUAAUUGUUUUGUACUAAUUCAUUUACAUUCUGAUGGUUCAUGGAAACCUAGGAAAGUUAAAAUACUUGUUUUAUCGUGGUGGCUAGUGCAUUCAAGGUCUGGAGAGAACAUAGGUAAAAUAGUACAGCGUAAGAACAAAAUCCAGUUCAACUUGUGUCUCUGUUUUUAAACAAAAUCUUUGACAUGGGCACAUUUCUACAUUCUACUGUCAUACAUUAAUUUUUAAUUACUCAUAGAGCAAAAAUAGUAAAAACCUGAAGGAAAUCUUGAACAUGCAACAAUAACUGGUCUUUCAGAGUGAAAUAUAGGAGUUAUACUUGAUGCUGUAAAAGUUACUCAUUAGAACAUGUGAACUUGACUUCUAUUCAAGUCUUUUCAUAUGACCAUGCACUAAAGCUUGUUAAACUAAAGGCAGUCUACCAUCAAGCUUGUUUGGCCUGAUACUUUUCUAGCUUUUAUUUUAAACUCUUCCAGUUCAGUCAUAGGCACAUUCUGAGCACUGUAUAAAAUAUAUUUUAGUGCUGCAGUAAUUUGUGUAAGUGGCCGGGCCAUUAAGCUGUAAGAGAUAAGUAGUGAAAGUCCUAUACAGCAACACUUUAUUGUUACUAAAGCUAAAACUAUGACAUUAAGAGGACAUUUAAGUACAUUAUUUUAAAAUGUAUGCUGCUCUCUGUUUUGAAAUUAUACUAUUUCCCUCUGUUAGUUUUGACUGCCUGUACUAUAUGUCCUGAACAGAAGUUGUGCUAUAGAUGUAAUACAGAUGCAUAUGUAUCUGUAUGUGCCUAUAUGUAUGCACAUCCUUCAAAAUACUGGAAAGUAAUCAUAAAUUUUUUUAUUAAUAUAGCUUGGUUUGAAUUGAAAAUAUAAGCAGGAUUGCUUUACAGUUGAACUCCUUUGCAAGGAAGUACAUCCACAGUAAUUAUAAAUGGAUAGGUGCUUCUGAAAAAUAUGAUCAUGUCUAAGGAAAUCAUUGCAAGUCUUAAAACAGACACUUCUCAUUACUAAUGCCUAAAACAAUCUAAUCCCACCUGUCUUGUCUUUAUAAAUUUAAGAACAUUAGAAAUUAAGACAGGAUUAGGAGUGGUUUUUGCUUGUUGGCCAAAAGCAUAUUCAAGUCUACUUUAAAAUAAACAUAUGAUCUCUUGGAGAAUGUAAUUCAACUUGUUUAUAUACUAAGCAUUUUCUCAAUAUCUUCUUUUCUCCAAUAAUAUUCUGUGUUUCUGAUCUUUGCAUAAUUUUGACUGUCAUUCUGCCAUUAAAUUCUUUGAAUUCUUACCCUUCACAAUGGUCUAUUACCAUUAGAGGGAGAGUGGUUUGGCACAAAUUCGUUUACAUAAUAAGGAUUCAUAUUGUAUGUUUGUAUUUUUCAAAUAUGAGUUUCAUGCAGAUAUAAUUAUACUUAAAAAAAUGAGUGCAGUAUUUGUUUUUCUUGCCUAGUUAAACAUAAAUGUGUUCUGUAAUGUUAUUUUUCCAUAUGAGAAGUACAAAUUUUAUAAAAGUAGCAAGCCGAGUGUGAUUAAUUUUAAAGGACAAGACUUUUGGUACCUGCAGUGGCAAGAGAAAUUGUUCAGAACCUGGAACUAAAUGAACUGCAUUUUAAAACUUUCAAUGCAGAAAGAAAUAGUAAAAUAAUGUGAAUAUAAGGCUUCAAAAUAUACCUGAAAUUACAAAAAUAUAGUUUGCACCUUUUAUUGCUUAUUACUUUUUAAUUCAGCAGUUGAAAGGCUUUUAUACAAAGGCAGAAGUAACCUAUAUUAUAUGCCUGGUGUAAAAAUGUUAACUUUAAAAUGAUCUGCUAUAUAAUGCUAUAUCCAAACACUGAAUUUGUAAAAUCACAUAGUAUGUGAUAUUGCUUGAAAGGGUUUUUCUUGCAGAAUUUGUUCCUGUUUUCUAAUACUGAUGUGUACCCAUUCAAGACAAGUCAUCUUGGUUUGAUCAGCUCUAUCUAGACACUCCAAUAUAAUACUUCAUGUAUUCAACUUGUAGUCUUGAAUGCUGCUAUGGAAAGGAAUUUCCUCAUUUUCAGCAUUUAUUUGUAUAGACCAAUCAUAAAUUUAUUUGAACUGUUCAUUAGAAUUCCAUUGAAUAAGUGAACUUCCAAGCACAGAAUGGCCUCCCUUUUCUUGAAAUUGUAAGAGCAAUUUAUAUAGCUAUAAGGACUAGGUUUUUUAUUGUUGUAGCAGAUCACUGAAGUGCAAUAUUAUGGGGUAGUUUUCAUUUUACAUAAACAUAACUUGAGACACACCUGGAAAUUAGGGAGGCUGCUUAACUUCCAGUAUUUCUAUAACAGGGAGAAUAAUUGUAUAUGCAUCAGUUGUGUAUUAAAUAUAUUCUUAUAGAAGCUGCAUCUUCUGUAAGAUUUGUCAACGCCACGAAAGAACUCUUGCAGUCCUUUUUGUGUUUGGCCAAAGAACUUAAUCCCACAGCUUCUGCAUCAAACCCUUAGUUUCCAUCUGGAAUUAGCACAUCAAAUAAGCUAUUUAUUUUCUAGAGUGAUAAUUUUCUACUAAACAGAAAUAUAUUAGUAUUAAUGAGAUUAGUAUGGUCUCCUUAAGAACACAGGUUUAAUAAAAAAAACCACCAUCAACUAUUUUAGCUCUAUGUUUGAAAAACCAAGGAGUAAGAAAUUUCUGUGACUUGCUUUUUUAUCCAGUCAGGGGAUGCUUACCAGAAAAAGCUGUUAGCCUUUUAAACUGAUUUAAGAGUGAAAUAUAGUCCAAAGGAGAAAAAAAAAUGUUCAUACUAAAAGUCUAAACUAUUGUGUGCUGCAGCUUUGAUUAUUUACAUUAAGAUAUUAAGUCCUGGAAUUUGAAAACGUGAGGAUUUUGAGAGUAUUAGUUAAUAAUUCACACUCACAUCCUGCAUAUGCAUUUUGAAAAUAGUAUCAAAAAAUCUGAUUUUAAAUAUAUGCAACUUUGAAGCCUACAAACUAUGCUUUUCAAAUUUGUCUUGAAUCUGUUUUAUAUGGUAAAACUUGUUUAAAACUCAAACUUUUAUGUUUCUUACCUAAUGGAAUGUCUAGUUGGACAAAAAAAAUUCAAAUGCAAAAACUUUUGAAGUGUCAAUCCAUAUGAAUAGGGAAAGGAAUUUUCAAAAUGUUAAUGUUUGUAAAAAUCUACAAUCUAACCCUCUGAUUUUUGUAUUACGUAAGCAAUGUUCUUUUUAAAGUUAUGGUAUUUUGAAUGUUAUGCAACAAAAUGUAAUUUUGUAAAUUUUUUUAGCUCUAACUUGAACUGGGGGAUCAGUGCCUGAACUUGUUGCAUCUUCAAGCAAUGUUUUACAUUACAGGUGUAACAUCAGUGUUGAAAUAAUCAGUAAUACUGUGUAUAUAUAUCCA